AAAGUUGCCAAAUCAAUCGUACUUCCAGUGAAGUUGCUGUCCCACCCUGAGUGUUGCAGCUAGUCAGCGUAAGCCAUGUUAAGAUUUGUCUCUCUAAGUAUCCUGGUGUUGUGUGUCAUUGUGUACAACACACUGUGCUUCGAACUCCGUGAAUUGGACUGGUGGCAGAGCAAUGUUAUAUAUCAGAUAUAUCCACUAUCAUUCAAAGACUCAGAUGGCAAUGGGACUGGCGAUUUGAAUGGUAUCACGUCGAGGUUGGACCAUUUCCUGGAUAUCAACGUACAUGCUAUCUGGCUGAGCCCAGUCUACGAAUCACCAAUGGCUGACUUUGGUUAUGAUAUCUCCAAUUUCACUGCUAUUGACCCAAUAUUUGGAACUAUGGAUGACUUUGACGAGAUGAUUGCCGCCAUGCAUGAUAGAGGAUUAUAUCUAAUCAUGGAUUAUGUUAUAAACCAUUCGAGUGAUCAACAUGAAUGGUUUAUUGAAAGCCGUAAAAACAAAACGAAUAAAUAUGCAGACUAUUAUAUGUGGUAUGACGCCAAACCGGAAUGUGUUGAUGACGGAAAUCAACCAGAAGACUGUCCACCUAGCAACUGGGUCAGCGUGUUCGGUGGAUCAAUGUGGGAAUGGGAGGAAAAUCGACAACAGUUCUACCUACAUCAGUUUUUAAAAGAGCAACCUGACUUGAAUUGGAGGAACCAAGAAGUUUUUGAUGAAAUGAUGGCUGUUGUGAAGUUUUGGCUGGAAAAAGGCGUUGAUGGGUUUCGUGUUGAUGCUAUAAAACAUCUAUUUGAAGUAGAAGAC